AUGAUCUCCACCCAGCAUUUGCCACUCCCCAACGAAAUUCAAAGAGCAAUGGACCACCCAAGUGAAGAUAAGGACCUCAGUGAACAGCAGUCUGAAUAUCAGGAUGGGUCUACUUGCCCUGACUAUUCUCCAGCAACAGCAGAAUCCAGUUCAGAAUCACCAAGAAUUCUUAAAAUACUGCAGAAGUGGAUUCCUACAGUUUCUCCCUAUUUUGACAAGGAGCAUUAUUGUUAUGCAGACCACCAGAUCACUAUUCAAGAAUCAUUAGACCACUUUGGAGCUAUAGUAUGGCCCGGUGCACUGGCUUUAUCUCAGUACCUGGAAUCAAAUCAACAAGAGAUCAACCUAAAAGACAAAAAGGUACUUGAAAUUGGUGCUGGAACAGGACUGGUGUCCAUUGUGGCUAGCAUACUAGGAGCUUAUGUUACAGCUACUGAUUUGCCUGAAGUACUUGAAAAUCUCAAAUGGAAUAUUUCAAGAAAUACACAAAACAUGAAUAUACACCGACCUGAAGUGAGGAAGCUGGUAUGGGGAGAAGAUCUCAAUGAAGACUUCCCUAAAUCAACUCACCAUUAUGAUUUUAUUUUGGCAAGUGAUGUUGUCUACCACCAUACAUCUCUGGAUCCAUUGCUAACAACAAUGGCAUAUUUAUGUCAGCCAGGGACAGUAUUAUUAUGGGCAAAUAAAUUCAGAUUCAGCACAGAUUUUGAAUUUUUAGAGAAACUUGGCAAUAUAUUAAUCAUUACACUUCUAGCAGAAUUUCCAGAAUCAAAUAUCAAGCUAUUUAAAGCCACAGUAAAAGAGAAUUAAGCAAAAACAAUACAGUCACAGUUUUGAUGCCCCUCAAAGUUUAUGAGCUUCUAGUUUUUAGUACAUAAUGCACAUAGAGUGCAUUAAUGUCCCUAAACCUGUCCCCGAGUCUUUGAAUUUUGCACUUCAAUACAUGGAUAAUAAUAAUAUCGGGACACUACUUAACUGUCUGAUUUGUCUCAAGCUUAUAUACAUGAUUUACUCAAACAAAUGAAUUUAUUGCUGCCAGAGGGUCAGCAGUAACAAAACACAACCAGAAGGUAAAGUUUCAAAAUUUCAAAUAAACUAUUAGAUCUAGCUAUACCUUUAUAUCCUGUUUACAUUGCAUUUCUAUAUUAUUC